GUCAAAGAAAAAAACAACUCAAAUAUGUGUUACAAAAAGGAAAUAAAAAAAGAAGUCAAAACACCAAACCAGCUCGUUUUUUUCUCGAAAGAUUGGUGAGGGUGAUAUCUGGGUGAUUUUUGUUUUAUUUUGUUUUUAUUUUGCAAACAAAUCCUUUGUUACUUCUGCUGUGACGAAUAAAGAAUUGUCUUUCUGUCACUCUGCCUUUUUUUUUUUUUUUUUAUACUAAACUUUUCCGCUACAAUCGGCUUAUCAUCUUUUAUUUACUUGGUGUUCAUGACUUGGCACAAUCCUACAGAUUGCGAGAUUUUGAUACAAUUCAUGGUUGUGUUGUUUAGGUUAUUCGUGUUUUUAAGCAACUGCACAGAACUUUUUUUUAGCUUUAUGUGAAAAUGUCACUGUGUACAGAAUCCCAGGCCUAGUUUGCGAGAAAGUGCAGACAUGAAGAACAAACCCACAAAGAGCUCUGGGUUUGCAACGGCCUACAACUUUCCAAAGUGCACGCGUCUUUUCAGAUGUCUUCCGCCUUCUACAGUUUUGGCAUCCUUGCGCUCUUGUUUUCGAUGAAGUGAAGCACAGAGAGGAUGAGCAAAUAUUUUGACCUUCAAUAAAAGCACAAAAGACACCGCACUGCUUCAAAAUUAAGAUCCAACAUUCACAAUGAAGACAAUCUUGUGGUUUGGGUUCGUGCUGAGGGCACUCUUUGCUUCAGGCAGUGUGAUCCUCACAAAACCAGGGAGCAAAACCACCAUCAAGUGUGGCGUCAAUAAAUUCGCUUCCUCCCUGGAGUGGCAACGUGAAAAUAUCCGGAUUAUUAGACUUUUAAAAAUCCAAAGACUCCCUUCAAAAGACAAAACAGAUCUUGCAGAAAGGUCAAGCUUGAGGUCCGACAUAAACCUGGAGAUCUCUAGAGUGAAGGAACAAGAUGGGGGAAAAUUCACUUGUUUGGUAGAUGGGAAAGAGUAUGAACACAGACUCCUCGUGUUUUCAGUCUUUGCCAGGCCCUCUAAAGAGAUCCCGCUGGGCAGCGAGGUCACGCUCCAGUGUCAAGUAAGAGGUCUGGACCCUCCGGACUCUCCAGUGAAGUGGCAGAGGCCAGAUGGAAGCCCACAUGCAGGGUCACAGACUGUUGAACUUAAACCUGUAGCGCGCUCUCAUGCAGGAAUCUGGACUUGCAUGUUCUCUCAAGACGGGGAGGAGUAUAGUCAGAGACUAGAAAUUAAAGUUCAAGAGCCGCAAACAACUACACCGUCCUCAAUCAAAAACCCAAAGGACGGCAGCCGUAAGCCUUCCUGUCCCAGCUGUGUUACUCACUCUCCACCUAAAGCUGGUCAGCUGCUGGGGCUCAGCUGGUGGAUGUGGGCUGCAAUUGGAGGAGGCUGCGUUGUUGUGGUCCUCCUGAUGGUGUUUGUCAUCAUCUUGUGCAAGAAAAUCAAAAGAAGGAAGAGGAAAUUUGAAACCAUGAAGAAUGGCCGGCAGCCACCGAUGCCCAAAAAGUACUGCCAGUGUAACCGCCCAGCAGCUGCAGCAAAACCGCAGCAAGGACGCCGGAGAGAGAAGCCAUCAGCUCCCCCUCUGCAACCCCUGCUAAUGGAGUGACAUGAAAGACGGAUCGAAGAAAGGACAGAUAGAAAGAAAGAAAGAAAGACAGAGAGAGAGAGGGGGAGUGACAGGAAGGGGAAGAGAGGGAUUGAUAGAGAUAAAGAGAGAGCGAGUGAAAGAAUUUGGCAUGAAUGUAAAUGGGCUUUUGAAUGUUGCAGAUGAAAAUAAAAAUCAAAUGUAAUGAUGUGGGCACUUUUGAGCUUUCCCACCAAAUAUAACCAGUGAACUGAAUGCAAAUAGGCUCCUCUACUGCAAGGGAGAACAGCAACUGUCUUUACUUAUUUUUUACAUUUAUGCAGCAUAUUUACAUGUUAAAAAUAUCCUUGAAUGCAGUGUUAUCUAAUGUGCUUUCCGUGGUAAAUUUCAUUAAGCUGAUUUGGAUAUAUUUUCUUUCUUGUGUGUCUGUGUAUUUGAUAUAUGUCUAUAUUGGCUUUAAUUCUGUAAAUGAAUAUAUUCAAGUGCUGUAUGGAAGUUUGAUGUCUUUUUUUCCUCACACAAUAAACUAUAAGGACACCCAGCUGCAAAA